GGGCAAGGAGGCGGACUGCGGCUCCAGCAGAGCUCGUGUAGAGCAUUGGAUUGUGGGUAUCUUGUGUUUCCUGAUAGACUGACGGAGUCGGUCAGCUGUUGGGGGAAAGUUUUGGCAUAGUUUUAAAGCAUAGUUUUAACGCUCGCCUUUAUUUGAUGUUGCACUUCAUCGGGAAACGAAUUACAUUGCCCUCGUGCCUUUCAUCUGUCUACUUCAUCGAGUGUCAUCAUCAAUCCGGUGCUGCUGAAUACUACUGAAGAGUUAUAAAAGUAACUGAGACAGUCACUUCGGAAUGAGUUUGAACGAGCACUCCUUGCAGGCUCUGUCAUGGAGAAAACUGUACUUGAGUCGAGCCAAGUUAAAAGCCACCAGUCGCACUUCUGCUCUGUUGUCUGGAUUCGCGAUGGUUGCCAUGGUGGAGGUACAGCUGGAGCGGGAUCAUAAGUAUCCUCCCGGGCUGCUGAUAGCCUUCAGUGCCUGCACCACAGUUCUGGUUGCAGUGCACCUCUUCGCCCUCAUGAUCAGCACCUGCAUCCUUCCCAAUCUUGAGGCCGUCAGCAAUGUCCACAACCUCAACUCCGUCCACGAGUCUCCCCACGAGCGCAUGCACCGCCACAUAGAAUUGGCCUGGGCCUUCUCCACAGUAAUCGGCACCCUCCUCUUCCUGACAGAGGUGAUGCUGCUGUGCUGGGUGAAGUUCUUACCCCUCAAAAGCACCGAAAACAACAGCACCAUAAGUUCUGGUGAGGCCGCGGCCAUUGCCUCCACCUGCAUCAUGGUGCCGUUUGGACUGGUUUUUAUCAUGUUCGCCGUCCACUUUUACCGCACGCUCGUCAGCCAUAAAACGGACCGGCAGAUCAAAGAGUUGGAACAGGUCAUUCAGCUCAAGAACGAGCUGGACCAAUGACGACCUGAAGGCAGCCAUCAAUUACCCUUGAUUAUAGCACACAACAGCAGCGGACAUUCAAAGAUGCCUUUACUGUGAAAUCUCUUAUAGAAGCUUUAUUUUUCAUGUUUAUGAACUGUGCUACCAUGUUUUAUUUUGGGCAGGGGGGAUCGAAGAUCAUCUGCUGAGCUUUGUAGUCUUCGACACAGUCCACUUUAUUGAUAAUGCAUUCAUACUAACUUUUACACAUUAUACAUAAGUAAAGGUACAUCUUUUGCUCUCAGGCCCUCACAUUUCAGUGGCUUGUAUGAUGACAAAUAUGAUAAUAUGUUACAUAUUUUAUGGCUAAACCCACCUCACAUGUGCACUUGAGUCAAUUAUUAUAGAAAUAAGAGUGGAUCCCAUUUGUUCUGUUUUUUUGUGAAGUUAAUAGCCAGCUACACAUUACAACACAGAUGUAAUGUGUUGUUGUGUAGUUAUUACAAAAAGAGAACAUGGCUUUCUAUCGUUGUUUGAUUUGUUGACCGGAGGAAGAUCCACAUCAGAUAAAAGCAAUGACAGUGGCUAAAUUGAAGAUGCACUUCCUUGUUUGAAUAUAACUCAACAAAGGAAGGACUUAUUUUCAAUAUUCAUGUAAAUAAAGCCUGCGUUGAAGCCUGUUUUAAUGUUUGGGUGGACAAAUUUCAUUUUUACAUGUGUAGUUUACUGGUUUACUUGAGCUGUCAUACCCACAGUUUAUUGUGCACUGCUGAUGUCACACGGUAUAACUCACCUCAACUGCAGCAUCCACCUGUGGCCUUAUUAUUGUCCAAUGGUGGAUUGCAUUGAUUUCUCCCGAUUACCUGACUUUAAAUUAGGCUUUGUUGGGAGUCUUACCAAGCCUGUGUUAAUAAUACUAAUGCACGACACACUCUACCCACUGAGCCACAGCUUACAAUUCAGACUUGGAGAAAUACUGAAAUAUCAGUUAUAUUGGUCUCACAUUAAAAGUUGCUUCCUUUAAAAAUAUUUACAUGGUCUCAGUGUUAGUGCUGUUUUUGAUACACACAAGCUCAUACUCACCGGACAGAAGGGUUGCUUGUGGUAGCUUUCCCCCUUUCUUGUUUUGCUCAUAUUAAGAUUUGAGCAAAACAUUGUCUCCAAAAAACAAAUGGAAUCUAUCAGUCCUACAGUAUUUUUGUGCAAUCUGAGGCAAAAUAACACGUCUUAAAAAUAAUUAAGGGAAUGCUUUCAACCAAAGUCUCCUACUGCAGCCAAAAAGUUCUAUGGCAAGGCUUUAUUGACAACCAAAAUGAGUUAUUAAGGGCAGCAUUUUGAGCCGGAUGGCAAAGUUUGUGUACUCUUGUAAAAUCAAUCUCUGGUUAAGACAUUUUCUCUUUUUCACGUUGCUUUUGUGAAUAUACUGUAAUUUGUAAAGUUGUUACUGGCUUUCAAGAAGUAUUGUUGAAUAUAUUAUCACAAAGCAUGCACAUAUUAGAAAUGCUGUGUUUGUAUGUUUUGUACUUUUCAUAGUUUACAAGCUUUAGCGUUUUCACAUUGUUUGGGUUACAGAUUGUCUAAGUGUGCAAUAUAUGAUGUCUUCUUUUUGUCCUGUGGCAAAUUGUUGAAUAGUUUUACGUGGGUUUGACCAUUCUCUUACUUUUCUAUAUCUUUACUGUAGCCUUGUUACAAAAACUCUGUUCAAGCACAAAUAAGGAAAUGUGCACAUAUUUAGAGCCAAUUCAUUUUUAUCAGUUAUUCUUUCAUGUGGGUCUUGAUAACAGUUUUCAUAAUAUAUAAUAUCUCAUAGUUGUAACAUACUGUAAUUAUAUCAAGUUAAUGCCGUGGUCAUAAUUGCAGUGUCAGUUUAGUCUUUAUUACCCUCCUCCUGCACAUGCCCUUUGUCAUCGUUAUGUAAAAAUCCAAAAUUUGCGUACAAAUUGUCCCGCCCAGAUGAUAAUAACAACUCUGUGACACGUAGCAGAAAACAAGGAGCCAUAAGGGGUUUGUCACUUGCAGACUGUUAAGCAAAAUGGUAGCUACGCUUCUGCAAAGCACUGUUGAUGGUGUUUCUUAAAGACUUUUCACAAGGAAUGAAAUGAAGACAGGUUCAUUCAUGUGAACUGCACACACUCUGGAACUGCCACGUACCUUCUUAAGAAAAAGAUCAAUGCACACGAAGGCAUGUUUCUUUGGUUCAUUUUUGUGGUUUAUUCAUGUUUGUGUGUUACUGUAUAUAAAGAAGUCCUACUGCUUUUGUCAAUGCACAGCUUGAAAAUGUUUUUUUAGUAAAUAUUGUAUUUUAAGUUUUGCUUUUGUGUGGUGUUUUACUGUAACCUUUUAAGACCAGGACUAUUUGUGGUGGUUUGAGAAUAAAACACAUCUG